CAAACCACGUGAGGGCUACUUACGCAGGUGGGGGUCUCGAGCUAUGGAGAGGUGGAAGAGUCACGUGCGUGCGGCGUUUUUUCAUCGAGAUUUUCUACAGAAGGACCCAUUUUCUGGCGUUUUUAGUGCUUAUUCACGGCUGGUGGAGAAAUGUGAUCUGCGCGAGAGGGUGUGGGACGAAAGCCAGAAACUGAGCCCUGCAGGUGAUGACAGACAAGGCCAGUCCCUGUGUGUGCCCUUUGACCUCUACCUGUCGCUCAGAGACAGUGAGCAAGCCAAAGAAGAGCUCCUCCAGACUAUCACAGACCUGCGGGGCUCCCUGUGCCUUAAAGAUGCAGAACUGCAGUAUUGUCACUCGCAGGUUUCCCGCUACCGACAGGAGGCGGUCUCUCUCGCUCGCAACAGUGCCGUUCUGGAGGACACCCUGUCGGAGUGUCAGUUCACUGUGGAGCAGCUGGUGAAGGAACUGGAAGCACUGAGAUCACAGCAGAGGAUCCUCCUGGAGGAGCUGGAGGAGGUGCGCCAUGAGAAAGAGGAGCUGCAAGAGCGAUGGCUGCAGGAGAAAAGACAUGAGGCCGAAAGGGUGAACCAGAGCAAUGAAGCUCAGGAGAGGUGGCAGCGCUUCACCAGACGGCUUGCGAGGCACCUCCGCAAGGGAGAGCAGUCCCAGCGCGAGGCCAAGGGCGGCCAGUGCACCUUCUGCAGGACCACCACUGCACCUCCUGGGGGUGAGGGAAACUGAGUCUGAGGAGUAGAGGCUGGACACUUAUAUGCUUGAAGGUUUGCUGGCUGGAUUGACCCAAGGUCGUGACCUCUCAGUUAGGAUAACUGUCUGCGUCAGGGGAAUUUCUGAAAUGUGCCCGAAGUUAGCGCAUGUGAAACACUUCUGUUGCAAAUUUAUUCCUCUAAAGAUGGAUUAAUAUUGAUUAAUCCAGAAAUACUGGCAACAAUAACUAGGAAUAAAUGGUACUAGUCAAGUAGCCCUUGUCUUAAAGCAUCAUGUGGUGUAAACAAAAAAAAACGACCAAGGUCCCAAUUGCAUUCAUAACCACACAUUUGUAAUUGGACUGCAAUGUUAAUGUAAAAGCAAGUUUAUUUUUAAAUAU